CUAGAAUGGCAGUGAGCGGUAAUGUUAAACGUAAUGAAUUAACUUUUUUUACCAUCCACGACCGUGAUCACGUAAAUUUUUAUCUUCUGUAAAGUGAUUAAUAGGAUUACAAAUUUGGACCUGGAAUAAUUGGACUAAUAGUGUAAAAGUCGUAAUUAAGAGUGCUGAUAACAAAUUGCGCUCAAACUAUUGUAAGCAUUGCCUCAGGGGGUGUAUAUUUCAAAAUGUUCGGUAACGAGCAUUUAGAAGAUUCCCGAAGUACGAAGGACGAACCAGACGUGCAAACAAAUUUAUCAAAAGACAAAUCGCCUUUUGUGUCGAUAUUCACUAUUGAAAGCAUAUUAGGACUUAAUUCGCAACUGUCGAAAAACUCUAUCAACGAUAAAGUGCUAUCAUCGCUGGAUACUAGGCAAAUGCCGCAGGUGUUGGCCACGGAUGGCAUAAAAAAUAGUCCAACCAACUAUUUUCACUAUUCUGGAAUAAAUCCCCUCCACCAACCUGCCGCCUCAGAUAUACCCCUUCUAUCAACCAAUUUACUAGGAAUCACAUAUCCUUCGUCCUGCCAUAGCUAUAUGCAGCAUGAUUUAUUCGCCGCGCAACUUCAUUCUCCGGUCGGGCUGGUAUCCUGUGAUGGCAGUUUUCGUCCACGGUAUCCCUUUCUCAACGCCGAUACCCACAUUAAGCGGAAAAGAAGACAUCGCACCAUAUUCACCGAGGAACAGCUGGAGCAACUCGAGGCUACCUUCGAUAAGACACACUAUCCGGAUGUGCUGCUGCGAGAGAAACUGGCCGUGAAAGUCGAUCUGAAGGAAGAGAGAGUUGAGGUUUGGUUCAAGAACCGGCGAGCCAAGUGGCGAAAGCAAAAGCGUGAAGAACAAGAGCAGUACUCCAAUUUCGACAUCAACAACAAAAUUCGCAAGUUCAUCAACAUUCCAGUAAACACGCAAGAAAAACUUCGUCAAUUGCAAUCCGAAAUGCUGUCGAAGGAGAAGAUGGUUAGCAAGUUUGAGGACAUAAGUACCAGCGACGAUGCCUCCGAUGUCGAAGUCGUAUGAUGAGGCAAUGAUAAACGUUGGAGAAAAGUUGGAGACGGUUCAUCGAGCCCACGUGGAGGGGGUGGGUUAUGGUUUUCCAAUAUCAUGCGGUCGAGCAUAUUGUACAUAACUUUAGCAUAGUUUAAAUAAUCUUCUCCGUCUGUGUUACUGUGUGAUAAAACCAAUGCUUCUAUAUUUCAGAAGCCGAAUCAACUUUAAAUACUCUCUCUUAGUAAUGAUUAGCGUGCCCACAUUUUACAUUUCAUAACUGCUGAACGAAUUUAAAUCUGUACAAACUG